AUGUUGGGAUUUCACAGAAGAACGCGGUCUUUGAUACCGGUCAAGGACCUGGGCAAAUAUGACAUAGUGGCUACGAUCGAGGAAGAGGAGGAGGAUGAACGGGAACUUGAGGAAGAGACGGAGGCGCAGAAUACGCCGGAUGGUGAGGACAGGGCGCGACGGGCGCAACUCAUGCUGGUCUACUUUGUCUUCCUUGCUGAGGCAAUCAUGGCUUCCAGUGUCCAGCCACAGCUCGCUAUGCUCCUCUCGUCAACAGACUACUGCGGGACCCUCUCGUCGUCAUACCUCCAGAGCAUCCUCGACUGCGCAUACGCCUUUGGCGGAACAACAGGCCUCUUCUGGGGCUACCUCGCUGAUCGCAUGGGAAGGCGGCGCGUCACACUCAUUGGGCUCUGGAGUAUGGUCGUCUGCUGCUUGAGCAUGGGCUUUGCGACUGGCCUAGUGAGCUGCGUCAUCUUCCGUUUCGUUGCGGGUAUGGUCAGUUCAGCCAUCGUAUGCACAACCCUCACCAUGAUUGGGGACCUCAGCAGAUCAGCGGAAGAGAGAGCCAGGAACGUCGCUCGGCUGCCGUCGAUCUCCCUGGGUGGCUCCGUCGGCCCACUCAUGCAACUUAUGGUGUCAGAUAGCCUUCAGGCAUACAACAUGGUAUGGCAGGACUUCCCAACCCUGGGCUCAGAGUUGGCAUGCGGCAGCCUCUUGUUCGUCAUUGCAAUGUUCGCCAGCGUCUUCCUCAAGGAGACACUACCCCUUCACAGCGAACGCUCUGCAGACCCAGCCGACAUGGACUGCGAAAAAUCAGCCUUCCUCCGCCGCGGCUCCGAAGACACAAACAUUACACUCGUCGACUUUGUCCGCCCAGAACCCAUCACCAUCUCUCAGUUCCUCCAAGCGCCCUCCCUUAUGGUCCUCCUAUCAUCCUUCUGCCUUCUCUCCCUCCACGCAUCAACCUUUGACGUCGUCCUCCCCCAUCUCGGCCACAGCAGCACCGACCAAGGCGGCAUGGGCAUCCCCUGCGAACUCAUCAGCGUCGUCGUCCUAGGCGCCCGCGGCCUCGCCAGCAUGGUCCUCUUCUAUGCCAUCCCCUACGCCACGGAAAAAUACGGUCUCCUAAAACUCUACCGCUCAGUCUCCGCUUUCCUCCCGGCAACAUACAUCAUCGCACCCCUCCUCGCCUUCCUCGUCACCUGCUCCGGCAUCGAGCCCAUCGUCUCCGCCUUUUCAAUCUUCUGCAAACACCUCCUCAGCGGCGCAGCUACAGUCCUCGUCUCUCUUCUCGUUCUCAACACCACUCCAGACGCCUUCUCAGCCGGCACCGUCGUCGGCAUGAUGCAAGUCGCCAGCCUCUUCAAGGCUUUCGCCGUCGCUGUUAGCGGCACAAGCUACUAUUUCAGCGAUGGCGUUAGCGUCCAAACUACCAAUCUGGCCCUGUGGUCUUGCCUCGCUCUCUUCGGUUUCGUUGGCGCCGGCCUGGCUUGGUUCGUGCGCGAGAGGCCGAGCGUCGAGAAAGACUUCCCAAGUGAGGUCUUGUGCUGGGAGACGUGCUUUGAUGCCGAUGCCGAGAAGCAGUUUGAACUCGAUGCUAGCGAUGCAGAAACUGUAUGAUCUUUCUUCCAUGGGCAUCUAGCUUUUCGCAUCACUUUGCAUCUUGCAUUGCAUUGCAUUUACAUAUGUACUUAUAGCACACAUGCGAUGAUUUCGUCGUGGCUGUUUGGUCAGCUCUCACAGCAACACACCCUUUUUCUUUGCAUUUGUUUGUUUAUUUGUUUGUUGUUGUUUUUGAGCCUCUUUGCUUUUACUGUUUUUUUUUCGAUUGGUUUGGUUGCCUUUCCUUUGCCUUCAUAGUCAGUCCUUUCCUAGUGUCCGAACUUCUUUCCUUGGUUCUGAAACAUUGUGGCUUCUCUGUUGGGGGCCAGUCAUACUUUCGCUUCUUGAUUGUAUGAGUAGAUAUGCAAAAUCUGAACACCUUCACGAUCGUUAA